AUGGCUACCGAAACCGCUUUAUCAUACGCCGCCCUUAUUUUGGCUGAUUCUGAGAUUGAGAUCUCCUCCGACAACUUGUUGGCUUUGACCACCAAGGCUGACGUUAAGGUUGACAAGAUUUACGCUGACCUUUUUUCCAAGGCUUUGGACGGUAAGAACUUGAAGGAUUUGUUCUUUAACAUUUCCUCUGCCCCUGCCUCCGGUGCUGCUGCUGGUGGUGCUGCCGCUUCUUCUGCUGAUGCUGAGGAGGCUGCUGAGGAGAAGGAGGAAGAGGCCAAGGAAGAGUCCGACGACGACAUGGGCUUCGGUCUAUUCGACUAG